GAGUCUCAAAUUGACUCGGAGUACACCCGGCCGUAUACUGUACAAAGCGCGCGCAUAAUAACGUGUCUUUUCCAAAUGCCUCUACCAUAUGACAUAUGCGCUCGCGUCCAGAACGCUUUUCGAGCACGACAUCACAAAAUAGCUGUGGACCACACAACGCAAAACCUCGGGAUCCUCAGCAUACUCCUGCGAACCGGCUUUAUCUCCAACGUCACGCGCGGAACCAUUGAGUCACCGUCUCCCACUGACUUCCUUCGUGUUGGCGAAGCCCAGCGCCGUAUAUGGGCCGAGCUCAAAUACCGCGACGACCGACCUGUCCUUUCGGACAUGGAACUCAUUAGUAGACCCAGUAGACGCAUUUUUAUGGACAUCGGGGAGCUGCGGCGUAUUUGCUCCGGACGCCGUGCACAGACGAUUAAACCUUUGGGUAUGGGUGAAAUUGCAGUGGUGCGGACAAAAAGUAGGGAGCAUGAAUGGUUGGAGGCACGAGAAGCUUUGCAACUAAAUUUGGAUGGUGAGGUGAUUUGUCGAGCUCGUUGACUCCGUCAUAAGGCCAUUUGUUGAUCAUUAUACAAUAAUCCUUUCGGAGCACCAUCAAAUCAGUCUCGACUCUUGGAAAUGUUCGUAAUUUCAUUUAUAUUCAAGACUCAGUCUAUUACUAGUUCAGAGGAGUGCUAGUG